AUGGCAGCUGGGUUUCAUACAUCGUCGUCGCAAUUGCAGCAUGAUGAAUGGAUGACAAAUCUGCCAGAAAGACUUCACGAUGAACCUAUUACGAAAAUUGCUAUACCGGGUACACAUGAUUCAUUUGCAUAUAAUUUAACAAGACAUGCUGGACCGGACUUAUUGCCGAAUUUAAGACGUGUUGCUCUGCUCAUCUAUCCGAUUAUUAAAAAUUGGAGUAUGACACAAGAUAGAACUUUUACUGAACAACUUCAUAUGGGUAUUCGUUAUUUCGAUUUACGCGUGUGUCGUACAACAGAUAAAAGCUUACAAUCCAGAUCAUUGUUUACAUUUACUCAUGGUUUAUUAGGAAAUUUAGUUAGCGACGGUUUAGAAGAAAUCAAUCGAUAUCUAAAUAAACAUCCGAAAGAAAUUAUUUUACUUGAUUUUAAUCACUUUUACGAUUUUAAUGAUCAAUGUGGUCAUGAUCAAUUGAUUCAUCUUGUUCAUGAAACAUUCGGAAAGAAACUUUGUACGACAGCACGAACAAUUACUGCGUGCACAUUAAAUUAUCUAUGGAAUAAUCAGCAACAAGUUAUUUUACUUUAUGAAAAACAUGCUGAUCAAUGUACAGCUUAUAUGGAUCGUAUCGGACAUUUUUUUCAAAUUUGUCAAUCGCCAUGGCCGAAUACACCACGAAUCGAUGAACUCUUUUUAUUUCUUGAUGAAUUAGUAUCAAAAUCUCAACCAAUCACUUGUGUUAAUGUCAUUCAAGGACAAAUAACACCCGAUGGAGGAUCUAUACAAAGUAGCCCAUUCAGUUCACUUCAUGCUAUUGCCAAAGAAACAAAUAGACGAUUAAUUGAAUGGUUAUCACAUCGCAAACGUGAUCCAUCAUUAAUCGAUGGUAUUAAUGUUGUUAUCUGCGAUUUUGCCGAUCCACUAUUCACGGAUACUGUUAUCAUGUUAAAUUAUAAAUGA